CUUCCGUCCCCUGUGCGUACUGCAGACCAUGGGCCCAGCGCAGCAGUCGGAGCCCGCCACGAAGCCGCAGCGCACACCGCUGCCCAAGCUCAGCAUCACGGUGGACACGUCCGCGGACAUGGAGGAGCUGCAGACCCCCGCCACUCACGACCACGUCGUGACGCUGGACAAGCCCGAGCACGACAAGCACCAGCACCAGCACGAGCAUGAGCGCGAGCAUGACCACGACCACGAGGGGGACGUGGCGCAGUCCGCCAUGAGGAAGCUGCAGCUGGCGUGCCUCUGCUCCUUCGUCUUCAUGUGCGUGCAGUUCGCGGGCGGCUACUACGCCGACAGUCUGGCCAUCAUGACGGACGCGGCGCACCUGCUCUCGGACGUUGCGGGCUUCCUCGUGUCGCUCUUCGCCAUGUCCUUGGGGCAGCUGCCGGCGUCGGCGUCCAUGCCCUUCGGCUACCAUCGCGCCGAGGUGAUCGGCGCUCUGCUGAGCCUGGUGCUUAUCUGGGUGCUGGCUAUCGGUCUCAUGUUCACGGCGGUGAGGAGGAUCAUCGACCAAGGACGACCAGACGCAGAGGAGACGGUGGACGGCAAGGCCAUGUUCCUGGUCGCGGUGUUCGGACUGGGUAUCAACUUGGUGCUGAUGAGGAUUCUAGGCCAUGGACAUGGUCACAGUCACGGUCAUGGCCACAGCCACGGACACGGACACAGUCAUGGAAGCCACGGCCACAGCCACGGGCAUUGCCACGAGGAGAAGAGCGGCGUGGAGCAGAGCCCCAGCAUGCAGGAUCUGGUGCGGACGCCCAUGUCCGCCAUGGCGCUGAUUGAUGAAGUGGAGGAGCCGGAGGCGUGUUCGUCGGAGGGACUGGCGCCCAAGUCGUCCGUGUUCGAGAACAUCAACGUGCGCGCGGCGUACAUCCACGCGCUUGGCGACUUUGUGCAGAGCUUGGGCGUGUGCAUUGCCGGCGGACUGAUCUGGUACAACCCGUCGUGGCAGAUGGCGGACCCGAUCACCACGAUCCUCUUCUCGUUCUUGGUGCUCGGCACGACGAUCGGAGUGCUCACGCGCAGUGUGCACAUUCUUAUGGAGGGCGCUCCGCCGGCGUUGGACCUGCGCGUCGUGGAGAAACGUAUUCGCGCGCUGCCGUGCGUCUACGAUGUCCACGACCUGCACAUUUGGAUGCUAACUGAAGGCAACUUCGCUGCCAGCGUGCACAUUCUGCCGAACGGCGAGCCUCGUGCUGCUCUUCGAGCUACGCAGCGCGUGUUGGGGACGCUGGGCGUACGUCGCCAAACCGUUCAAGUGGAGGACCCCACUGAUCGUGACUGGAACGAGGACCUCUACUGUAACUGGACGACGUACUCCGGUGGCGGUUCCGAGGCGGAGAGCAAGAUGUCCGUGCCGCGAGCGGGAACGAGGAAGGCCGCACUGGACCCGCUUCCUGGGGGAACGUUCAACUAG